AUUUCGUGAAACUUCAAGUUAAAGCUUGUGCUCUGAGCCAGAUAAAUACGAAGCUUUGGAAGAGCUACAGAAAGAUCUAGAAGCAGCAAAGGUGUUGCUGGAAAAAGCCACUAGGAAAAAAGUAUGUGACGCCCUUACAGCUGAAAAAUCCAAGAUCGAAACAGAAAUCAAGAACAAGAUGCAACAGAAAUCACAGAGGAAAGCAGAACCUCUUGACAAUGAAAAGCCAGCUGCUGUGGUUGCUCCCAUUACAACGGGAUAUACAGUGAAAAUCAGUAAUUAUGGAUGGGAUCAGUCAGAUAAGUUUGUGAAAAUCUAUAUUACCUUAGCCGGUGUUCAUCAAGUUGCCACUGAAAAUGUGCAGGUGCAUUUCCCAGAGAGGUCAUUUGACCUUUUGGUUAAGAAUCUAAAUGGGAAGAGUUACUCCAUGAUUGUGAACAAUCUCUUGAAACCAAUCUCUGUGGAAGGCAGUUCAAAAAAAGUUAAGACUGAUACAGUUCUUAUCUUAUGUAGAAAGAAAACAGAAAAUACACGAUGGGACUACCUAACUCAGGUUGAAAAAGAAUGCAAAGAAAAAGAAAAGCCCUCCUAUGACACUGAAACAGAUCCUCGUGCGGGACUGAUGAAUGUUCUAAAGAAAAUUUAUGAAGAUGGAGAUGAUGAUAUGAAGCGAACCAUUAAUAAAGCUUGGGUGGAAUCAAGAGAGAAGCAAGCCAAAGGAGACACAGAAUUUUGAGACUUUAAAGUCUUACUGGGAACUGUGAUGUGGCUAUGUUGAUGUUUCUAAUAAGGGAAUGUUGGUGAGGUGCAUAUAUAAUUUUGACAGAUAACUAUUUACAUAACCUCUUUCUAAGUAAAAGCAUUGAAAUCUCCAUUUCCUACUGGAGGGUUUAUUUAAAUAAAAUAUGCUUAUUAAACAUUUCCUGAAAAGAUGGUUUCAUUAGUAUACUGGUUAUUUUCUUGAAGAAAGGGUUAUAUUGUAUUAUCAUGUGAAAUGUAAAAAGCAAGUCCUGCCUAAUGAAAAUGCUACAUUGCAUGUAUUUUUGUUCAGCUAAGAGGUAGAAAACUGAAAGUAUUUGUCUUUGAGUUACUGACAUCACUUCCAACCAAUGUAAGAAGUAAGAGUAAAAUCUGAAUUUUUGUAUAAAAUACAAAAAAAAAAGAAAAGAAAAUGUGUAUGAUAUUGUAAGUGAAGGAGGUAACCUGUAAUUGCUAAAACCAUCAUCAUAAUUUGGUAAAAAUAUUCAUGAAAGAAAUACUAUAAAACUGGGCGGUGCCUGUAGCUCAGCUGGUA